GGAGCAUCACACAGGUGAGGCUUUCAGAUUGUCAUGCCUCCACCCUCUACUGCCUGAGGAUACUACUUUGCUGUACCAGACACAGGAGAACUCACCUCUGACUUAACAAGAUCAUCCUGUAAGUAUGCUGGCAGAACUGGAGACGAUGGCUUAUGUGACUGAGAUCAGGCUGAGCGGAGGUCGGGGGCCCUGGAGCGGAGUGGCUCCCUCCUCCUGCCCUGAGGUGGACCUGGAGGUCAUCGAGGAGUACCUGCAGGAGCACUCAAUGGAGGUCCAGCCUGCGCACACACCUGCUUCACCUCCGACCACCGUGGCUCAACAAACACAUGCACACUCCCACCAGGGCGCCAGGAUCACAGUGAAUAGCUGGUCAGGUAAGCAUCCAUAUGAGUGGCACUCCCACACUCCUCACGAGGAAUACGAAGAGCAAGCCCUGCCUCCAGCCUGGCCUAGUCCCCAUGACAACCAAUGGGACCACAUUCCGUAUUCGUACGAGGCGCCUGCAUACAUUGACUCAGACUCGCUGUCCAGUGGCUCCCAGUACCAGGAGUACCAAGAUUCCCCGUCACCAUCGUCUGACAGGGGAAGCAGGAAUGACAGAGACUCCCUGCCUCUUGCCCCACUUUCAGGAAAGAGGAAGGAGCGGUUGUUCCAGUUCCUGUUUGAGAUGCUCCAGACUCCAUCGAUGCGGAGCUGCAUCUGGUGGGUCCAAUCCUCCUCCGGCACGUUCCAGUUCUCCUCUGAAAACAAGGAGCGUCUAGCGCAGCUGUGGGGCCGGCGAAAGGGUAAUCGCAAGACCAUGACCUACCAGAAGAUGGCGCGGGCGCUGAGGAACUACUCCCGCACCGGCGAGAUUAAGAAGGUGAAGCGGAAGCUCACCUACCGGUUCGAUGAGAGGACGCUGAGAGGCCUACAAGGAGACUCUACUACAGUGUAGGAAGCAGGAUUUGUAAGCAUAUAAAUAGAAUAAGCACAAUGGAUAUUCAGAUGGUUGUCCCAUUAAUGGCCUUUCUUUUGAUUCUAAUUCUAGUAGAAAUAAAUGAAUACUGAGUAUUUGAAAAGAAGAUGAAACACUGUAGGUCAGGCUGGCAUUAAGAAUUAUGUAAAUCUGAAAGGUUAUCACAUAAUAUCUACUUCAUAAGUAGAACCUAAAUCGUUCUUAAAACAAAAGGUGUGGAUUUCUGUUUUUAUGUGAUUCUGUAUUGCAGAUAUUCAGCAGAUAUAAGAUCACUUUACAGACGUCUUAUUCUUAACAAAAUUGUUUUUUGUAAACAUGAUCUGUUUGUGUCAAAAUAUAAUUUUAUUAAGAUGAAAUAAAUGAAAAUAUUUUCUGAAAACCUGA